AUGGUGAUUGCCGGAGCACCUGAGCCGUCGCCAGGGCUCGCUGCCGCCUGGUCGGCUGUGGUCGCCAGGCCUCCGGCGGAGCCCGAAAGGGCGACCAUGGUGACGGAGCCCCCUCUACCGCCGGCUACAAAGCACGUGACAGCAGUCUCUGAAAAGGCUCCUCCCCACGCACCCGCGGCUCCCCUUGCCGGGGCAGAGGCUGGCCCGACCGCUCCCGCUGCUGUUCCGUCUGCUCCGCUUGCGUCACCAGGCUCCCUGGCUCCCCUUGUCGAGCCGUCGGCGUCUGCCCCUGCUGGGGGUGUUGCUGACCCCCCUGCACCUGUCCCUGGCGCCCGUGUUGCGCCGAACGCUUCUGCCCCCUGCCUGCCUGCGCAGGCCUCUGCUUCGUCACCAAAGGCGGCGUCCACCACCACUGGCGAACCGGCUCCGUCGGUUGCGCCUGCGGCGGUGGGUCAGUCCGCUCCCGCUGUGACGGCGGUGGUUCCUGCGGGCCAGCCGUCACGCCCUCCGUCGCCUGACCGUCGCUCGUCGCGGCCCCAUUCCCCCGCUCCCCACCAGGACCGCAAAACAUCUCGUCGCCGGCGUGAGUCUCCACGGCGGUACCAGCAACAGUCGUGCUGGCCUGCUCACCCCGGGGGUCAAGGGGAUUGGAGGGGUCCCCGUGCUCGUGGCGGGGGUGGGGGGUAUCGCCCGCCCGUGACGAUGGCGGAUCUUCAGCGGGAAGUGUCGAGGGCGGUUCGGGAGGAGAGGGCGGCGCAGAGCCAGAGCAGUUCGCUGCGCGCCUUGCCAGCCCGCGAGGCUCCCCGUCCGGCUGCGCUUCCCCCAAACCCGCAGCCUGUUGCUGCGCCUCCCCCCCAGAUCCAAGCGCUGCCAGCUCUUUCUCCCGCUAUAUCGGCGCCUGCUCCCGGCUCUCGUCUCCAUCUGCCGCCGGUUCCGGCUGUUGCAGGAGUGGAAUUUGUGGCCGCAGGUGGCGGCUCGUUGGCGGCUCCGUUCGCUCUCCCUGCUGAUGCUGAUGAGCCGCUCCAGUUCCUGGCGGAGGCACUUCAGCCUCCGCAGACCCGUGUUCCCGAGCAUGACUCGUGCCUGGACGCGGCGGACCAGCUCGCGGUGCUGCUGGCACCCGUGCUGGCUGCGCCCGUGGAGGGUGGCGCUGCUGCUGCGGGACAGCUUGACGAAGCCGUCCGGGGCUUGAGGCGGCACUUGCGCGCAGGAUCUGGAUCUGCGGCGAUCGGCGCAAGCACGCUUGUGGUCCGGGAGCUGUGGCGCUCCCUGACGGGCGUUCUUCACGCCCUUGGAGCUCACCGCAUGUAG